CGCACAAACUGCGCCUGCUCGUAGUGUUGUUGUCGGAAAAAUGGCGGCACUGCUGCUGCAGGAGUUUGACGGUUCCGAGCUAUCUAAGCUACCAAAAACAAUUCAAAACAAACUCGAGAGGAUUCUGUCCGAUCAGCAGUAUGAAAUUGAUUCUUUGAAAGCACAGCAGGAGCAAUUUCGGGUUGACAGCGAGCAACAUUUCUUCGAAAAAGUGAAACAACUUGCCCAGAGUCAGGAAGAAUUUCUGUCCCAGACUCAAGAACAUCUUAAACUCAAAGAGGAGUUUACCAAGCUUGAGGAGGAACUUAAAACUGUGCGUGAGAAGAACAGGGAGCAUGAGUCCGCCCAAGAGAGGCUCUCAUCAGAGCAGACUCUGCUGUCAAAAGCCAAAGAGGAACUGGAGGCAGAAAAGCGAGAUCUUGUGCGAACACUGGACAGGAGAUCCUUGGAAGUGGAGCAUUUAAAUGAUGACUUGAGGCAACUCAACGAUAAGUUGGUGGAAGUCAACACCUCUAAGAUGGCCCUGCAGAUGAAGUUAGAUGAGCUUGAAGCAGCUGAAGUCAACAUUAAAUACAAGGAGAAGCGUAUGGAACAAGAGAAGGAGCUUCUGCAUGGCCAGACAUCUUGGCUGAAUGAGGAGUUGAAGGCCAAGAGUGAGGAGCUGCUGUCUCUUUCCCGACAGAAGGGUAAUGAGAUCUUGGAGUUGAAAUGCACCCUGGAGAAUAAAGAAGACGAGUUGAACCGACUCCAAGAUCAAGUGACCAGUUUGAAGACUUCAAAUGAGAACCUUCAGAAAAAGAGUGAGGACAUGAUCAGCAAACUGAAAGACGGCAAGGAACAACAAGCCACCAUAGAGGAAAAGCUGAGAAACGAGUUGAAUGCCAACAUUAAGCUUUCCAAUUUAUAUAAGGGAGCAGCAGCAGAUUCCGAGGCGAAAAGUGAGGAGCUGAGUCGUGCUGUGGAGGAGCUGCAUAAACUGCUGAAGGAUGCUGGAGAAGCCAACAAGGCCCUUGAGGAGAAGUUACAGGAGAUGAACGGUGCCACAGACAAAACUGUUGCUGAACUUAAGGAGAGGAUCCAAGGUCUAGAGAGAGAGCUGGACAACGCCAAUGAUUUGCUGUCAAGUUCUAAACUUAGAGGCCCUGUCGGUACAGCAUCUGUGCUGACAGAGGAGCAAAUGACAACAAUGUCUCCAACGGCAACUGCUGUAUCCAAGAUCAAACCUGGUAUGAAGCUGACUGAGUUGUAUACUGCCUAUGUGGAGAGCCAGGAGCAGCUGCAGUUGGAGCGCUUGGAGAACAAGCGAGUCAACAAGUACCUGGAUGACAUAGUGCAGGAAGUGGAAGCAAAAGCACCCGUCCUCAAACGGCAAAGGGAUGAGCAUGAGCGCAUGCAGAAGUCAGUGGCCAGUCUUUCUGCUAAACUGGAGCAGGCUGUUAAGGAGGUGCACCGUCUGCAGAGGGAGUCUGAUGAGGCAAACAAGCGCUCCUCUGUCUUGGAAAGGGACAACCAGAGGUGUGAAUUGCAGCUCGCAGACAUGGCUCAGCAGGUGCGUGUGCUGCUGAUCGAGCUGGAAGAGGCUCGUGGAAACCACGUGGUUCACGAGGAGGAGGUGAGCUCAGCUGACGUCAGCAGCACAUCAGAGGUGAUCAGCCAACAUUUGGUGACCUUCCGCAGUGUGGAAGAGCUUCAGAAGCAGAACCAGCGUCUGCUGGUCGCCCUCAGGGAGCUCAGUGAUGCCCAAGAAAAAGAAGAGUUCGAGGCCACUGGCAACAAGCAUGGUGAGCUGGAGCAGAGUUUGGAGAAAGCUCAGGGUGAGCUGGAGUCCCUGAAGGAGCAGCGCAGCCAACAGAUAAAAAUGACUGAGUCCAUUGUGAGGCAGAGGGACAUGUACCGUGUACUUCUGGCUCAGGCGACUGGAGUUAGCUUCCCUCAGCAAGGAACACCACCCGAUGAGUUCUCCCUGACCUCCACCCCUCGACGCUCACCUGCAGCCACUCCCACCACAGGCACGCCCACCGCUCUUGUCUCCAUGGCAACAGAGUCUGCCGAAGCACUGGAAGCCAAGGCGGCUUUGCGACAGUUGCAGGAGGUGUUCUCCACCUAUAAAAAGGAGCGUGUUGAGAGUGACAAGGCACUGACGGAGCAGAACGAGAAGCUCCAGGAGCAGCUCUCUGACCUCCGCUCCCAGAAUGCCAAAAUAUCCACCCAGCUAGAGUUUGCCUCCAAAAGGUAUGAGAUGCUGCAGGACAAUGUUGAGGGCUACAGGAAAGAGAUUGCCUCCCUAAGAGAGAAAGAACAGAAGAUGGCUGCUGCCACACAGAAGCAUGAGCAGACCAUCCACACUUUGAAUGAGGAUCUGAGAGCUGCCAAAGAGAAACUCGCCAUGGCAGAGGGUCGCGCUGAGGGCCUGCGUAAGGAGAGAGAGAUGCUGAAGCUGGUAGAGUCCAGGUUGACUCAGGAGAAAGAAACCACCCAGAGCCAACAACAGAGCCAGAACCUGCUGCUGGCCAACCUCCAGACUAUUCAGGCAACUCUUGAGCGUUCAGAGACUGAUACACGUCAGCGUCUCAACAGCCAGUUGGAGAAGCAGGAACGGGAGAUCUCCCAGCUGCAGAAGAGGCUGGAGAACGAGGUGGAACAGCGCCACCUGCUCAGCAGAAACCAAGAAAUCCAGUUGAUGGAGGCAAAGAGGCAACUGGAGACGCAGGUGGCUUUAUACCAGAAGACCAAAGAGCUACUGAAUGCUGCUGAGUUGGAGCUAAACAACCUCAGGCUCAAGCAAGGCAGCAGCGAAGCACGUCAUACCCUGAGUUCCCCCUCCAGGGCCAACAUCAGAGGCCUGCAGGGUGCAGAUCAAGACCGAGAGGAACUACAGGGCCGCCUGAGGUUGGCUGAAACCCAGGCAGAGGAGCUGUCAGAGAGCCUCAGGGCAGCCACCUCGAACCUGGAGCAGUACAGAGCCAUGGCUCAGAGCCUGGAAGAGUCCCUGGAUAAAGAGAAGCAGGUAACAGAGCAGGCACGCUCAUCUAUCGAAGCCCAUAUGAAAGAGUCUGAGGAGCAGCAACGCAGGCUGGAGGAGAAGCUUCUGGAAGCAGAGAAAGAGAAACAAGGCUUAGAGGAGCAGAAGAAGAAAGCCCUAGCCUCGCUGGAGGAGCAGAUAAACAGUCUACGGAGAAGUUUAAGCAGUGCCCAGGCAGAUCACCAGGCGGUGCUACAGCAAGUGGCAGUGGCUGAAGCCCAGCAGCAGCAGGCUGUACAAGAUAGCCAGGAGCAAGCUAAGCUGGCAGCAGAAGCACAAGAUAAGUAUGAGCGGGAGAUGAUGCUGCAUGCAGCAGAUGUGGAAGCCCUGCAGGCUGCUAAGGCUCAGGCCCUGCAGGCCGUCGAGCUCAGACACCAGCUGGAAGAGAAAAUCCAGAGGGUCAGCACUGAGUUACUAGAGGCCAGGGUCUCCUGGGAGGAGCAGGAAAAGAUCCUCAAGGAAGAGAUGUCAAAGAUGGAGAGUCGCUAUGAGGAGUUCCAGAGGCAGAAUGCCCUCCUGCAUGAGCAGAUCCAGACAAUGAGCAGCAAGAUGGCUGACAGUUUGCAGCGUGCUGCCAGUGAGAGUAACAUGAACAUUUCCCUGACUGAAGAGGGCAAAUCUCAAGACCAAGUCCUUGAGAUUCUUAGGUUUGUGCGUCGGGAGAAGGAGAUUGCAGAAUCUCGUUUCGAGGUCGCCCAGGGUGAGAGUCUGCGUUAUCGUCUGAGGGUGGAGCACCUGGAACGAGAGCUGAAGGAGGUGCAGGACAGCUUGAGUGCCGCAAGGGAGAGGAUGCAGGUGACAGCAAAGACCCUGGCUCAGCACGAUGAGCUGAUGAAGAAGACAGAAACCAUGAGUAUCCUGAUGGAGACCAACAAGAUGCUGAGAGAGGAGAAGGACAAGAUAGGGCAGGAACUGCAGCAAACCCAAGCUAAGGUGCAAAAGCUGGAGUCAGACAUCAUGCCACUGCAGCAGGCUAACUCUGAGCUGAGUGAGAAGAGUGGCAUGCUGCAGGCGGAGAAGAAGAUACUGGAAGAGGAGAUCAAGCGCUGGAAGGCUCGGACACAGCAUUUGGUGAGUCAACAGAAAGAUUCAGAUCCAGAAGAGUACAAGCGUCUGCACUCUGAGAAGGAGGCACAUCUAAAACGCAUCCAGCAGCUCACAGAGGAAAGUACCAGACUUAAAGCAGAAGUGGCCAGGACCAAUAACCUAAUAACAUCCCUGCAAAGCCAGAUACAGAGCUUGCGUGACAAUAUGAGUAAGAUAACUGAUGAGAGAAAUACGCUGAAGAAGGAAUUGGAUACCAAGAACCAGGAACUCCAGGAAAAGGUACGAACUAUCACCCAGGUCAAGAAAAUUGGACGCCGCUACAAGACUCAGUAUGAUGAACUCAAGGUGGAACAUGACAAGAUGGUAGCUGAAGCAGCAGCAGGUCCCUCCCAAGAGGAGGAGGCUCGUCAGGCUUCAGUCCAGGAACUCCAAACCCUCAGAGAUUCUCUGAGCCAGGCCGAAGCCAGGACCAAAGAGCUAGAAGGACAACUGGAGAACAUAAACAAGGUGGUCACAGAGCGUGAGACUGAGAUGCGUAAUGCCCAGGAACAGUCCACCAGGCUGCAGACAGAGCUGACCAGGCUGAGGCAGGAGUUGCAGGAUAAGGCUUCCCAGGAGGACACACUGAGGCAGCAGAUGGCUGACAAGGAGGAGAAGACCAGAAAGGCUAUUGUUUAUGCCAAACAGAAGAUCGGCCAGCUCAUGGGCACCAAAGACCAGCUGCAGAAGGAAAAUGAUGAGCUAAAGCAGCAGCGUGAAGAGCUGGAGGUUCGAGUGAGCGCUCUCAAGUCUCAAUACGAGGGCCGCCUGAGUCGGCAGGAGAGAGAACUGAGAGACCUGCGAGGUCAACAGGAGAGACAAGAGCAAAGAGAUGAGCCACCUGAGGCAGGUCCUAGCAAGACACAGGAGCAGCAGAGAAGCACAGAACAGAGACAGAUCAGUCUGAAGACAACUCCAGCUGCGGACAGGGGCAGUGCCAGCACCUCUGAACCUCCAACUGCCAACAUUAAGCCAACGCCUGUAGUCGCUACAGCCAGCAAGCAGCCUGUCAACCCGGGGAACAAACCCACUCCGAGAGCAAGCAUCAGGCCCAUGAUCACCCCUACCACUGCUACUGUACCCACCCCAACACCCACGGCUACGGUCAUGCCCACCACACAGGUGGAGACCCAGGAAGCCAUGCAGUCUACUGAGGGCCCGCCAGUGGAGCACGUGACAGUCUACGGCAGUGCCAGCGGUUCAGUGCGCUCCGCCAGCCCCAACGUCCAGACCACUUUAGCUAGCCCCAUGUUGACGGUUCAGCAGACCCAGACACAGGCCACGGCAUUUGUUCAGCCAACCCAGCAACAGAAUGUCACCCAUACAGAGCCAGCCAAUCAAGAACCACCACCUGUGGAGGAGGUGCUGGCUGAGGACAGUGCUGAAGCUGAGGGGGUGGUGCCAACAGACAGUCAAGACGGUGCAGAAGCAAGCCAGGACUAUGAUGAGGAGGAAGAAGAGCAGGACUAUGAUGAGGAGGAAGAAGAGCAGGACUAUGAUGAGGAGGAAGAAGAGGAAGAUGAAGAAGAGGAGGAGGAAGAAGAAGAGGAUGAGGAGGAAGAUGAGGGAGGGAUGGGGGAGGAAGGAGAGGAGAGUAACGAGGGGAGCGGAGACGGCAACGAGGCUUACGAAGAAGACGACACAGAGGGAGCUGAUGUAACAGACCCGGGCACAGAGACAGAGGAGAGUUUGGGGGCGUCUGACUCCACCCAGAGGCCAGCAGAUUCCCAGACGCCCAGCUUCGAAGGCAGCACAAUGGAGGCCUUCUCUACAGAACAACCUAUCACAAGCUCUGGUACACGCAUGCCCCAGUCGCCACGGAGACCAACACAUCAGCUGCCCCCCCGCCUGAACAUCCACCCUGCCCCAACAUCAGAACUGGGACCACCCGCUCAGGUUCAGCGUAUCCCUGUUCGUCGCCAGUCAGUUGGGAGAGUCCCUCAGCUCACUCCCGGGGUCCCGGUCAGUGCUCAACACUUCUUCGAUGAUGAUGACAGGAUGGUUCCCAGCACUCCCACUCUGGUGGUACCACACCGUGAUGGUUUUGACCAGGCCAUCCAUUCUCCCCAAGUGGCCGGUGUGCCACGCUUCCGGUUUGGUCCUUCAGAAGACAUGCCCCAAACCAGCUCCUCCUCGCACUCUGACCUGGGACAACUCGCGUCACAAGGAGGUCUUGGGAUGUAUGAAACCCCCUUGUUCCUUGCAAAUCACGAAGAAGAGUCCAGUGGACGCAGCGUUCCCACCACACCACUACAAGUUGCAGCGCCAGUAACAGUCUUCUCAGAGUUGGCUCAGUCUGACACCACUGAGAGCGCCUCCCAGUCGGUUCCCAUGGUCAGCACGUCCACACCAGGCCUGGUGGUGCCUGGAGCAGCUGGUACUGGGGAGGAGAGAGACGAUGUCUUCCUGGAGCCUGACACUGAUAGACCCAGUGCUGAAGUGUCAGUGGAUCCACUGGUGUCUCAGGGAGAUGUGGAGGAGCCAAGUCAGCCCUCUGACAAGGCCAGCCUCCCUUCCACCAGCCAGGAGCCCUCCUCCAGCUCUGCAGAUACAAGCAGUGCUCCACCUAAACCCUCUAGACCUGGAACCAGCAGACAGUUGCAGCGUUGGCCAGAGAGCCGUGGGGGACGUAUGAAGAGAGGAGGUCAUGCAUUUCCCUCUCGGGGCGUACACGGGAGACGAUUUGCCAGAUGAAGCACUAGUCAGAAAGCUCGGCAAGCACGACUGGACAACUCGUCAUUCCCUUCAGAAACAC